AUGAGUAAGAAUUUAAAGGUUGCACGUCUAAAGAACGUAGAGCGAGAGAUCAAAAAAUUGAAUGAUGAGUUGCGAGGUUUUGAAAUUUUGCAAGGUUUUGAAAAACAUGAGAAAAAUGAAUGCAACAUAUGUCUUGUUGAAGACGAGUGUUCAACAUUCAAAU